AUGGCAACCCGUUGGGGACUGUGCGGUGCGGGGAAGAUCAGCCAUGACUUCAGUGUGGCUCUGAAGACUCUGCCGCCUGAAGAUCACCAGAUAGUAGUCAUUACAUCGAGGAGCUUGGAGCGUUCCAAAGAGUUUGCCAAGAAGCACGGUAUUCCUAAGGCUUAUGGCAGUUAUGAGGAGUUGGCCAACGACCCAGAUAUUGAUAUUGUGUACGUGGGAGUGCUGCACACAGAGCACUGGAAGGUUGGUCAGCUGUUCCUCAAUGCUGGGAAGAAUGUCUUGUGUGAAAAACCUUUCGCAAUGAACUCAAAUCAGGUGAAGGAUCUCGUUGCCUCAGCAAAGAAAAACAAUGUCUUCCUCAUGGAGGCCAUCUGGUCCCGCUGUUUCCCCCUGCAUGGUGAGGUGCGCAGACUACUGGUGGAGGAGGCAGUAGGGGAAGUGAAGCUGGUAAAGGCAUACUUUGGCUCCCCUCAGCUCCACAUCCCCCGCUCGGUGCACAAGGAGCUGGGCGGUGGCGGGCUCCUGGAUAUAGGAGUGUACUGCCUGCAGUUUGUGCUGAUGGUGUUCAAUGGGGAGAGGCCAGAGUCCAUCCAGGCCACAGGGGUUCUGCUUGACUCAGGGGUAGAUGAGUCCUUGGUUGUGGUGAUGAAGUUCUCCAGGAACAGGAUCGCCUUCUGCGCCUGCUCAAUCUCCGCUCGGCUUUCAAACGAUGCUGUCAUCAGUGGCACCAAGGGCUCCAUUAAAGUUGUUGGCCCAAUGCAUUGCCCCAAAAAACUUGUGGUCAACGACAAGGAGACGGAGUAUCCUCUGCCUGAACCCUGCCUCCCCCUGAAUUUCACCAACAGCACCGGGCUUCGCUACGAGGCAGAGGAAGUGAGGCAGUGUCUGCUUAAAGGACUUAAGGAGAGCCCACGGAUGCCUCUGCCAGAAUCCGUCUUACUGACAGAGAUCAUGGAUGAAAUCAGGAAGCAGGUGGGAGUUGCCUUUAGCCAGGACAGCCAGUGA